GUCGAGUAUAUUGUGCAAGCAAUGCAAAUAGCGUCCCUCUAUUUAAGUGAUCACUGGCGUGUCGUUUUAACAUGCACCCUCAACAAGCAGCUGUGGCUACCAUGUUGCGGUUAACACUCAUACUUCUGGCGGUGUCUGCUUGGGCACAGCAGAAAGAUCAGUGCGGAAAACCCGCUAUUGAACCGGCCCUCGAUGUCAACGAUCGUAUCUACGGAGGUCGUGUGGCUGUGCCGGGAAGUUGGCCCUGGCAGGCGCAAAUCUACGCCGGAAGACACAUCUGCGGAGGAGCUCUGAUAUCUGACCAGCACGUCUUGACUGCCGCACACUGCGUCUGGAAUCUCCGCCCUUCGCGCUUCAGCGUCUAUCUCGGCUCCCAUGAGACCACGCAGUCGAGGGAAUCGGAAGUACGCGCGGCCGUCGAAGAAAUCUGCGUCCACCCUGCCUCGUAUCGGACCACAUGGCCGGGUGCUAUACAGGACAUCGCAAUAAUAAAACUCACACGGAAAGUGAACAUGACAAGGACAAUUCAGCCAGUAUGCCUUCCAAACCAUGGGGAACAGCUCCCGACAGGAUCCAAGCUCUACGUCACAGGAUGGGGUGAAGUAGGAGGAGGCUGGUCUGCAAGGGAAUUGAAGCAGGCGAUGGUAUCGGCAAUUUCACAUCAAGAGUGUCGGCGAAUAAGACCCGGCAUAAUUCCUCAAUUGUUUUGUGGUGGUCAUGGACACGGCAGUGCCUGCGGUGGAGACAGUGGUAGCCCGGUUGUACACUUUGCAAACGGCGAGUGGUCACUUCACGGAAUCGUCAGUGCCGGCCCCUCGGUGUGUGGAUCAAGAUUUGCACCCCACAUGUUUACCAGGGUGUCGGCGUACGUGGACACUUUCAUCGCUCCAUACAUCGACCCACUAACAAGCCGUCAAAAGAUUCGCAAAAUUUGCGCUGUAAAACAGUAGUUCCAAUAAAUCGAGGCUUUUUAU